AUAUACAUAGUGAUACAACGUGUGGCAGUGGAGUUACGAACAAAAGCAUACAGCUCGAUCUUACUCUCAUGUCUCAUCAUGGUCACUUCGAUACCUCCCAUGCUGGGUUUUACGUUUGCAACCACCUUGACGGGUUUUAUUUACGGUUUCCCGCGUGGUAUCCUACCCGCUGUGUGUGGCGCCUUUCUAGGUGCAACGGUUGCUUUUGGGCUCAUUCGAAAAUACAACUUUUCUCGAUUUAUUAAAUUUUCAGCUUCCAAGGGGGAGAAAUACCUGGCCAUUCAAGAGGCCAUUGAACAAGGAGGGUUUAAAAUGAUGAUGCUGAUACGUCUUAGUCCUAUCCCUUGGCCCAUCACCAACAUGCUGCUCUCCAUCUUACCGACCAUCACCACUCGUCAAUACAUGCUGGCUGCCCUGAUCUCGUCCUUUAAAGUCAGUCUGGAGGUCUGGAUCGGUUCUCAAUUGGCGGAUAUCUCUAACCCAGAUCUGCCACCAUCCGCACAUCGCAUCGCCAUGAUCAUGAUGUCGUGUGGCGUAUUUAUCUUGUUGGCCGUGGCGUGGUGGCUUUACAGACUUACUAUGGGGAGAGUGGAGGCGAGU